AACAAAAUAGCAGUGACCUAAUCAGCUAGUUACCAAGCUUGUUUAAAAAUGUUGAUACUAUUAUUAGGUAUUAUCCAAGUUACUGUUAGAAAGUGCAUUUAGCAAAACGUCUUAUGAUCUCCACAUCACUCCUCUGAAUCUUGCUGCUCUCUAGCGUCCAGUAAGUGUAACAACAUCCGGAGAUUGCGCGACAAUGAAACCCUGGCUCAUGAAUAUUAAUUAGGUGUAGCAACGUCACCUUAAGAUAAUUAAUACUCAUGAGCUAAACCUGCACAACUCACUCCAUCACUGCCUUGAGUAACUUUUCCGCAACAACGUUGAUUUGUGAAUAAUAAUAAUAAUUAUUAUUGAUAAAAACACGUAUUUAUUCUGCUCUAUCAGUCUCUUAAAUGUGGGUGAAAAGAUGCUGAACCCUUCUUCAAACGGCGAGUCGUCUCAUGUUGUGGUAAAUUAUGUUGAGGAGUAUCUAGAGCUUGUCGAGACUUUGCCGCUGGACUUGCAGCGAUGUGUGUCGCACAUGAGGGAGAUAGACACCAAAUAUCAAGAGAUCCUCACAGAACUGGAUGAGGCGAAUGAGAAACACAGACAUGAAUCAGAUCCCGCGCAGAAGAGGCGCCUACUUCACUGUAUACAACGGUCUUUGAUCCGCACUGAAGAACUUGAAGAUGAGAAGAUCCAGAUCGCGGGCCAGAUGGUUGAACUGGUUGAGAAUCGCAGUCGGCAGCUUGAGUGGCAAAGCAAGCUAUUCCAGGCUUGCCAGGACUCACCGGAGAGCACCGUGUCAGUGGGCAGUGCCCCCAGUGCCGUAACAACAGCACCUAUGACCCCACUGUCCACUUCCCUGCUCUCAGUGAGUAAGCCCUGUGUGGAAAGGAGACAAGAUGAGAAUCUGGGCUCCGUCGACAAGUCUGGUGGAAAGCGGUCACGGCGGCAAAAAAAUGUCUCAGAGAACCGUGAAAACAACAGUUAUGGCGUGGAGCACAGCGAGGAGGUUGGUACAGCCACACCUAAAGAGAAAAAGGCCAAGACGUCUUCCACAUCAUCAAAGAAAAAGAAGAGGUCAAAAAGCAAGCAAGAUAGAGAGCCAUCACCUACCGACCUGCCUAUUGAUCCAAAUGAACCCACAUAUUGUCUGUGUGAGCAAGUGUCUUUUGGAGAGAUGAUAGGUUGUGAUAAUGAUGAAUGCACGAUCGAAUGGUUUCACUUCUCUUGUGUUGGCCUGCACCAUAAGCCUAAAGGGAAAUGGUACUGUCCAAACUGCAGAGGGGACAAUGAGAAGACAAUGGACAAAUCUUUAGAGAGGGCUAAAAAAGAGCGGGCGUACAACAGGUAGUGUCUAGUUUACCUGGUUGCUGUUUAAUAUUCCUUAUACAGUCUCAGGCAAGAGAAGAUAGUGUUUUUAGAGACCAAGCUUAGAAGUGUUCGUGUGGGUUUAGGCUGGCCACUGCUUUUUAUAUCAUUAGAGACUUCAGCUACCUAGUUAUCAAUGUUGUAUACUUUGGAAGUAUUCUGUUCAUCCAACCUCAAGCUGUGUAAUGCAUUUUUACAUAAUGCAUAUUGUUUUUAAUGAUACAUUUUGUAUUUAUGCUGUGAAUUAUUGUACAUAUAAAAAUAACACCUGCUUAAUGCAGUGUUUCAUAGUUUAUUCCCUUCAUCAUGAAACAGGGUACAGCAAGAGGUUUGUCUUGGGGUGCAGUUUUGUCUGGCACAUUGUCAUACGCUCUUAUGUGUCAUGUGAUCCACCUGCUCCUGUUGUCUCUGUUUCUCAAAUAAAAUUGUGUGAUUUGUGACACAUAUUAUGUUGAUUACAUUUGAGAAUAGUCUGUUAUUGUAUCAUUUGUAUUAUCAGAUCACUAAAUUUAGGUUGGAUUAGAUUAGACCAUCCCCUCCCCUUCAACCACAUACCUUUUCCCCAAAACUAUACUCUCCAAAGAAAUGCCAGCAAUUAUGAACACAAAAGGCAGACAGCAUUAUAUGAAAGGCUAAAAAAAAGUGUCCGGUUCUGUCAUCGAGAGGUGUGACUUAUCAUGGCACCUAUUUCAGUAAUAUCUGUCAGGUGGAAGGGUCACAUUUUUAUUACUGAAAGGAAUAAUUCUCCCAAAAAUUACAAUUCUCACAAUUUUCUCACCCUUAUGCCAUCUCAGAUGUGCAUGACACAUCUUUUAUCUUCUGAACUGAAAUGGAGAUAUUUUUUUUUAUAAGAAUUUCUCUGCUCUUUUGGUCUAUAUAAUGCAAGUGAAUGGGUGCCAACAUUUUAAAGCUCCAGCCAUUAAAUUAACAUCUUCAGAAGUUAUAUAAGUGCUGGUGAGAAACGGAUCAAUAUUUAAAUUCUUUUUUUUUACUGAAAUUCCCCUCCCUACUAUGUCAGUCUCCACUUUAACUUUCACAUUCUUCUUCUUGUGUUUAUGGUGAUUCACAUUCUUCAUGCAUAUCGCCCCCUACUGUGCAGGGAGAAGACUUUCUAGCAAAAUUGGACUUAAAUAUUGAUCUGUUUCCCACCCACACCUAUCAUAUCAGAAGAAAUGGAUAAAAAUACUGGAGUUAUAUGGAUUACUUUUAUGCUGACUGCGCUUUUUGGAGCAACAACAUUUUGGCACCCAUUCACUCUCAUUGUAUGGACCUACAGAGCAGAAAUAUUCUUCUAAAAGUCAUGAUU